AUGCUCUUAAAGGUCUUUUCCGACCCAGACGACUCCAUCACUACCCACACGUGCAAGCACCUCUGGGUUGCUGUGUCCCAGCUGCAGCUGACUACCAGCUCAAAAGCCUUCCCACCCCACUCUGACUCAGACAACACACAGGGCGAUGAUCCCCAGGCAGUGAGCUGGGGGCCGCUCGCCCUGGACGUGGCGCUCUUGGAAGGCGGCAUGGGAUGUGCCUUUGCGUGGCGGGAGGUGGAAAGAAGGAAACUGAGCGUGUCCUUACGAGCAGGGCAACGCGACAGGCAGCUCAGCUCUCAGGUGCUUCAGCGGGGCAGAGAUGCGGUGCCGAGGGCCGCGGAUGAGCGGCAGGACUCCAUCAGCUCCCCAGGCGGAGAGCUCGCAGGCUCCUGCCCCCGCAGCUCCGCCGCUGCCCCGGGCCGGGCUGGGCGCCUGCGCGGCGGCGGCGGGAAGAUGGCUGCGCUGCUGGCGCGGCUUUGCCGGGGCCGGCCGGGCCUCCGCGCCGCCCGCUUGCCCCUCGCCGCCGCCGCUGCCGCCGCCCCACCGCUGCGCGUCCCCUCCGUUCCUCCGCCACCGCCGCGACCGCUCAGCUUUUCGGCAGCCGAGCUGGUGCGGGCCGCACCGGGCCCGCUGCAGCCCUACCUGCGCUUAAUGCGGCUGCACCAGCCCGCCGGGACGUGGCUGCUGUACCUGCCGUGCAGCUGGAGCAUCGCGCUGGCGGCCGCGCCGGGCUGCCUGCCGGACGGGCGGAUGCUGGCCCUGUUCGGCGUCGGGGCCGUGCUGAUGCGCGGAGCAGGCUGCACCAUCAAUGACAUGUGGGACCGGGACUACGACAGGAAGGUUGCAAGGACAGCAAGCAGGCCCCUGGCAGCUGGAGAUAUCUCCACUUUUCAGUCCUUGGUUUUCCUUGGAGGACAGCUUAGCUUGGCACUGUGUGUGCUGCUGUGUCUGAAUUACUACAGCAUCCUUCUGGGAGCAGCCUCCUUGUCACUGGUGAUCACCUACCCUCUGAUGAAGAGGAUCACAUACUGGCCACAGUUGUUUUUGGGCCUCACAUUCAACUGGGGAGCCCUUCUUGGUUGGUCUGCCAUCAGAGGCUCCUGUGAGUGGGCUGUGUGCUUGCCCCUCUACGUGGCUGGGGUAAUGUGGACCCUGGUGUAUGACACCAUCUAUGCCCAUCAGGACAAGAGGGACGACGCCGUGAUCGGGGUGAAGUCCACGGCGCUGCACUUCCAGGAGGACACCAAGCGGUGGCUCAGCGGCUUCAGCCUCACCAUGCUCCUCAGCCUCUGCCUGGCAGGACUCAACUGCAGCCAGACCUUCCCCUACUACUGUGCCGUGGCUGCUGCGGGCCUGCACCUCGCCCACCAGAUCUACACCCUGGACACGGAGAAGCCUGAGGACUGCUGGAAGAAAUUCGCUUCCAAUCGCACCGUGGGGAUCCUGCUCUUCACAGGCAUCCUGCUGGGCAAUCUCUGCAAGCAGGAGGGCUCCAGCCAUGGAGAAGAGAACCUCAGAGCCCUCAGAGAAGAGAUAGCCAGAGAAGAGCCCUCAGAGAAGAGAUAGCCAGAGAAGAGCCCUCAGAGAAGAGAUAGCCAGAGAAGAGCCCUCAGAGAACAGGUAGCCAGAGAAGAGCCCUCAGAGAACAGGCAGCCAGAGAAGAGCCCUCAGAGAACAGGCAGCCAGAGAAGAGCCCUCAGAGAACAGGCAGUUGAAGCUGCUCUAAGUGCUGGUGUUUGAGAAGGAAACCACCUCUGACAGAGCUGUAGCUGCACCCUCCUGUUCCUGAGCCCAUGCAGAUGAGAUUGUCCUCCAGUGGCAUUUUUAAUUGUCCUUAAGAGACUUCAACCCCCACAGAGGGGAAGCAAACUUGAGCUGCCCAGGCUGGGAGGCCAGAGUUUUUCAUGCUGAACAGAAGAAGUGAGAGCAGCUGGAGAAGCCAGAGUGGUUUGGGCAUGUGAAUAAAUCUGUCUGCUCGUGCUGGA